AUGUCUUACUACGAGCAGUGCAAGCAGCCCUGCCUGCCCCCCCCAAUCUGCAUGCAGAAAUGCAGCCGCUGCGCACAGCCCUGCAAGACGGUCUGCGUGGAGCCCUGCAGUGAUGUCUGCGUCAAGCCCUGCCCUGGGCCCUGCGUGGAGGUCUGCCCGGCCCCCUGUGCCACCCAGUGCACCCAGUCCUGCAGCACCCAGUGCGUCGAGUCUUGCUGCACCCAGUCCUGCAGCACCCAGUGCGUGGAGCAGUGCGUGGACCCCUGCCCCCCGAAGUGCGUCGACGUCUGCGGGCAGUCCUGUGCCACCCAGUGCGUGGAGCCCUGCCCAGCCCCCUGCGUGGAGGUCUGUGCCACCAAGUGCCCUGAGCCCUGCGAGACCGUGUGCCUGGAGCCCUGCAGCACCGUCCGCUUGCAGCCCUGCUGA